AUGCAGCUGGAAUAUCCCACGGCAGCAGCUUCCUCUCAGGCCUGCCUGCCUCAGCAGCUUGGGAUGGGGCUCUACUCCGGUUUGGAGCCCUUCCGGGGGGCCCUUGCCCAGGCCAGCGACGGGACCAAGCCACCCUACAGUUACAUCGCUCUGAUCACCAUGGCCAUCCAGAGCACGCCGGAGAAGAGGAUCACCCUGAGCGGCAUCUACCGGUACAUCACGGGCCGCUUCGCCUACUACCGGGAGAACAAGCAAGGUUGGCAGAACAGCAUCCGGCACAACCUGUCCCUCAACGAGUGUUUUGUCAAGAUGCCCCGCGACGACAAGAAGCCGGGCAAGGGCAACUACUGGACCCUGGACCCGGAGUGUUACAACAUGUUCGAGAACGGCAGCUUCUUGCGGCGGAGGAGGCGCUUCACCCGCAAAAGGGGCCCGGUGCGGGGCGGGGAUGGCGGCCAGAGCGAGGAAACGCUACCCAAAUGCCCGCCUGGGCAAACCGGCCAGACUUUCCCUGCAAAGAAGAUCAAGCUGGAAAGCGGCCGGUCUUCGCCAGCUCCCUCCGGCCAGCUUCACGGCUCCUGCCCAGAGAUGCCAGCUCCUGGCAAGCCUCUCCCCUUGGAGGUGCCCACUGCGGGCCUCUCGUGCCACGACCAGCCUGGCCCUGGAAGCCUGGCAUGUUCCAAGCUGUGCAUGCCGAGGUCUAGGCAGCUCUGCCUGCACCCACAGGAUCUGACGGGGUCGAAACCUCGCCUCUUCGAGAAAGAUCUCGGCUACUCCUCCUUGAUUGAGAGCCCUCGAGUGAAAGAAGCCCCUCUUGGGGAGAUGGCGCCCCACCAGCUUGGACCAGGCACUCACCUGGGCCACAGGAUGACCCAACGGCCCACCCAACCACACGUUGAGGUCAAGGAGAGCACCCCAAGCAACCCUAAACUGACUCAAGCAUCUCCCAAGACAGGGCCGGAAGGCAAGGAGGCGUCCCCAACAUUCUGCCAGUUGAGCCCGGCUUUUGCCACUCUGCCGGGGCCCGCCAAGGCCUCCCAGGGGUGCGGCGGGCAACCUCCCCCUGGCUGCCUCCCUGCCUUUGAUGGCGAGAGCUACGUCAAGCCGUCAGCGCUGCCGGUUUUUGGAUCUUUGGGGUAUUCCGGCCCGGAUGCUCUGAGCGGCAACUACCAGUGCCGUUUGCAGGCCUUGAACUUCUGCGUCAACGACCACAGGUGCGGGGCGGCCCUGGAGCACCUCUUGGCGAGUCCUGUGGCUCCCGCCUCCACGGCCCCCCUUCAGCCCACCCCCUUUGUGCAGCUUCAAGGGGAGCAGGAGUCCUGGGGAGGGACCCCUUUCUCCCACCAAGGAGGAAACGGCUACCAGCUGGGACUCCCGCACUGUCUCUACAGGACACCUGGCAUGCUCUUUUUUGAGUGA